CAGACUAUCUAGAAUAAUACAAAAAUCAUUGUGAGAUAUGAAUGAGUCUCAAUAAAAAAUGAACUGAUUGGGCCGCCGCGCGCCCCUGCAGGAAGAGCUCGUGCGCGUCUCAUGGGAAAUAGUUAAUAUCGAGCAACACUCGCCGCUCAAUGCUGCUGUCUCGGUGUGUUUUUUACAUCUUCUGGCGUUUUUACGUUAUUCAGUAUGGAAGUGAAUAAAGAUGAAGCAGAGAGGUGUAUCGAGAUCGCGCUCCGAGCGCUGGAGAGCUCACAGCCGAAGAGAGCGCGCCGGUUCCUGGAAAAAGCGCAGCGGCUUUUCCCGACGCAAAGAGCGCAGGAGUUGCUGGAGAGUCUGAAUCAGGAAGGUGAGAGCAGAUCACAGAGCAGUUCUACAGAUGCUGCUGAUGGCACAGAAGCACGUCAGCGCUGUUCUGGGGUCAGCAGUAAUGGCACAACACCUGGAGACAAGAGCGCAGACUCCAAACCUUACACAUCUGAGCAGACUGAAGCUGUCCGAAGAAUAAAGCAAUGCAAGAACUACUAUGAGACUCUUGGAGUACAGAAAGAAGCUUCAGACGAGGAUCUUAAGAAAGCUUACAGAAAACUGGCAUUAAAAUUUCACCCUGAUAAGAAUCAUGCCCCGGGGGCAACAGAGGCAUUUAAAGCCAUUGGAAACGCUUAUGCCGUUUUAUCUAAUGUGGAAAAGAGGAGACGCUAUGAUCAGUUUGGAGAAGAGAAAAGCAACACGGGCAGAUCCAGCCAUGCAAACACACACUUUGAAGCUGACAUCUCACCUGAAGAUCUCUUUAAUAUGUUCUUCGGAGGAGGCUUUCCAACCAGUAAUGGUCAUCAUAUGUACAGUAAUGGAAGAAUGCGCUUCAAUCAUAAUCAGGGUGAGCGUGGAGAACACAGAGGGGGUGGUCUUGCUCUUCUCAUGCAGUUGAUGCCCAUCCUCAUUCUGGUCAUUGUGUCAGCAUUGAGUCAGAUGAUGGUGACAAACCCUCCCUAUAGUCUGAGCUUCAGACCGUCGGCAGGACACAUACACAAGCGUGUGACUGAACAUCUAGGUGUGACGUAUUACGUGAACGAGCGCUUCAGUCAAGACUUCAGUGGAUUGAGUGUAAAACAGGUGGAGAGCAGCGUGGAGGACGAUUACAUCUCCAACCUGAGAAACAACUGCUGGAAAGAGAAACAACAGAAGGAAGGAUUGCUGUAUCGUGCACGGUAUUUCGGUGACACUGAUUUGUACCAGCGGGCACAGAGAAUGGGAACACCGAGCUGCUCUCGACUAUCGGAUGUUCAGGCUUCUCUACAUGGAUAAAACUUUGUUAUUUGUUAUAUCUGCACUACCUGGUUCCAAAAACAAUCACUGGAAUACAUUCUUUUUGAUGAUUUAUAUUUAUAUCUUUGCAGGGAUUUUACGGAUUAAAUCGUGGAAUGUUAGGAGUUUAACUGCUGUACAUGUCAUAUUUAUUGAAGGAUCACAUAGGAUUAUUUAUUUCAUAUGAAGUUUUAUUUUCUACAUGCCAGAGAUGACACUGUUUUACUCUGAAUACAAAUAAAGAUCUUAGGUGCUGCUGUCCUGUCUGUGGGUGGGUGUGAACUUUUCAUUGGAAGUGUGAACCAUAUUUCACACGCAGAACGUCAGCUGACGUCAGACAUCUGAAUCAUGCACUUUGGCACGUUCGUAGCACUGAAGAAAUGAAUCUGUCAACCAGCAAAACUUGAAUCUAACUAGCAUGAACAACUGAAGGCUAAACCUUCACUUAAUAUAUUGAUCAAAGUUAUCAGUUAAUCACAUUGUCAGUUUGACUUCAGCAAUCACUAAAGCAAGCUUGCAAAGAUUAUAUUUUGUCAUGACAAAAGACUUCUCUGUGAAUCUAUACUUUACUGGUAUCAAUAAAUGAAAAUAUUGUGAAAUAAACUUUGCUUCAGGAUCCAGAUUUUAUACUGCAUCAAAUCAUACUGGAGUAUUAUUAACUCCUUAGAUUGGAAUUUUACAGUCUAAAUAUUACCAUGAAUACAUGGCAUGGGCCAAAUCAACUUUACAAACAGCAGAGGUUUAAUUUUAGCUGAAAAUGUUUGGGUUUCAUUGUGGUUUUUGAGGAUGAGGUCUUAUGUAAACUCUCCAUGUCCAAAUCUGCUAAAUUUGGACCAGAAAAUAGCAACAUCAAGUACAGUUUUCUUUUAAGAUAUUAGGCCAGGUAAUGUCACAUCAUUUAUAAUGUUGUUAAAAAAAGUAUGUUUUUUUACGUUCUCAUGUCCCCAUC